CCCAUAUUAGCUUUUCUUCUGGAUUAGUCUCCUAUCGUUGUCAAUCAAUUGAAUUGUCACAAUAAGGAGUGAAAGAAUCCAAAUAAUCUCACAUCAUCCACUUGCCUUUAUUCACCUUAUAAUCAGAAAAUUAUGCCAUCGUCAAGUUGUUAGCAACUCUGGGAGCUUCAAUCACUGGUAAGACUGUUGAAAAAAAAUGGCAGGAGCUGCUGAGAUUCUGCUCUCAAAACGUGUUCAGGAAAUGGUACUCAACGGCGAACAACCACCCGAGUUGUAUAUCAGCAGAGAUGGCAGUGAAGGUGUGGAUGUGUGCUCUGCGUCGACUCCCGUUCCUAUUGUUGAUAUCAGUUUUUUCUCAUCAUCAGUGCCAAGCGACGUGCAAGGAGAAGAGCUGCAGAAGCUAAGAUCGAUACUUUCCACUUGGGGCUGUUUUCAGGCAAUAGGUCAUGGGAUUCCAACUUCAUUCCUUGACGAGGUUCGCCAAGUCGGAAGGGAAUUCUUCGAACAGCCAAUGGGAGAGAAAAAAAAGUAUGCCAAAGGAGUUAACGAGUUUGCAGGGUAUGGCGCCGAUCCUGUCCCUGAAGAAGGUCAGUUCCUUGACUGGUCAGAUCGUCUGUUUCUUGAUGUAUACCCGGAGGAUCUAAAACAAGCCAUAUACUGGCCCGAGAAUCCUAAAUCAUUCAGAAAAAUCUUAGAAGAGUACACAGUUAAGAUAAGAAAGGUGACAGAAGUUAUUUCCAGAGGCAUGGCAAAAUCAUUGCAGCUACAAGAAAAUUGCUUCCUGGAUCAUUUUGGUGAAAGAGCAACAUUACAAGCAAGGUUUAACUACUACUCUUGUUGCCAGAGGCCCGAAGUUGUUCUUGGUUUAAAACCCCAUUCUGAUAGCUCAGGAUACACCCUUAUCCUACAAGAUGAUGUCCAAGGCCUUCAAAUCCUGAAACACCAGCAAUGGGUCACUGUUCCUACAAUCUCUAAUGCUAUACUAGUCCUCAUGGGUGAUCAAAUGCAGAUUAUGACCAAUGGAAUAUUCAAGAGUCCGGUGCAUAGAGUUUUGAGUAAUUCAACUAGGGAAAGGCUAUCUGUUGCCAUGUUUUACACGCCCGAACCAGACAAAGACAUUGGACCCGAGGACAGCUUGAUCAGGGAGGACAAACCAAGACUAUUCAAGAAGGUGAGAAACUAUGCUAGCACACACUUGGAGUACUAUCAACGAGGCAUGAGAGCAAUUCAUGUUGCUGAAAUUUGAAUAUAUACCAUCUUAGUCUCUUGAGGUUUGUAUAAAGAUAACCAAGUGGAGUCUAAUGGUAGACCAGUGCUUUUUGAGUGCUAUUAGCAUUUUAUGCACCCAUGAGGGGUUUCCUUCCUGUAAUUCAGCAUAUGUUCCUAGUGCCGUUUAAUACACUACUGUGAAGUUACAUGUCAAAACAAACUGCCUUGCGAUGA